UAGAGUUAGUAAUCCGCACCGAAGAUGGCUGGCCCGUACUUAUCACCACUUCCAAGUGAUUUAUUAACAGAGUAUAUGUUUGGACGUCGUCGGCAACGUCGUAAUCGCACAACUUUCAGCCCCCAACAACUUCAAGAGCUCGAAGCGCUUUUUCAAAAAACUCAUUAUCCAGAUGUGUUUCUCAGAGAAGAGGUGGCUCUAAGGAUUAGUUUGUCGGAGGCUCGCGUGCAAGUAUGGUUUCAAAACCGACGUGCGAAAUGGCGUAAGCAAGCGCGACUGCAACUGUUACAAGACGCCUGGCGCAUGAGAUGCCUCGGAUUACCAACGCCUCCCCUUAUUUUAGCAGGUGGUGUACCACCCAAUGAACCUCAUCCUCAAGACAAGUUGCACGAAAAAUCCAGCUAUCCUCCAAUGAUGACACCAGGACUUCCAAGACCAUGUCCAUGCUCUCCAAAUAUGGACAACAUUCCAGAUUCGAGCAAGUUACAUACGCACUCCAAUACAAGAACGCCAUCACCUACUGCUCCCGACGACCUAUCACUCCCUCGAAAACUGUCACCGCCCGACAGCCACACAAAUCCAUUCAUCCCCAGAAUAAACUCCAGUAAUAGCGAUUAAAAAUGUAUAUAGGCGCGUUUAAUUAUUAGUCCGUAAGUUACAAAGUUAAUCGAUGUAAAUCUCAUUUACGCUCAUCUAUAAUCUUAUGUUAAUUAGGUCAUAGAUUCGACGCACAUUAUGCGUUUCGUUUAUUUGAACUCAAUAAAAACUUCUCUAUUUCCUUAA